AUGCAUGUUCCAUCACCGCCACUCUGGUAUUUCAAGGCGCCUCCCGACCCAGGACCUUGUCAUCAGAGCCUGUUCCGCUACUACUACGAUCCAGCCACCGACGAGUGCAAGCGGUUCAAUUAUGGGGGUUGCGGCGGAACGCUGAAUCGUUUCCUCCGACGUCAGCAGUGCCGCCAGAAGUGCGCCAAGAAUUACGGUCGCCCGGCGCACGAGGCGCCGAUAUUCACGCAAAAACGGAACCCGGUGCUCGAGAAGAUUUUUAAAACUUCAAAAUUGGAGGACCAGUCGACGGCAAGGAAUACGGCAAGCCCCGGCCUGCACACGCAACGUUCGAAUUUCGCGGAGAAAACGCCGGCGAAGCCCUCGGGGAAUUGCCCGGUCUGCGAUCCGCUUUACGGAAGAUGCGUCGACGGGAAAUGCGCGUGCGUCAAGGGGUUCCGGCUGGAGGGCAGGAUUUGUGUUGACGUAGACGAGUGCCGUAUCCCGGGCUCGUGCCCCCCAUCGGCCAUCUGCACCAACAGUUUCGGGUCUUUCCGCUGCGAGUGCGCUGGGGGAAAAUGUGAUCAAUCAGCUGAAGUGUGCGAGGAGCUUUUUGAGCGAAAGCUGGAAGAUGUGUGCGAUGAGAAUAUUCGGGAGACACGAUAUUACUUCGAGAAAGCCACCUCCACAUGCCACCAAUUUACAUACCGGGGCUGCGAGACGACGGCUAGGAAUGUGUUCCCGGAUCAGCACAUUUGCGAGAAGGUGUGCGCGGCGAAGGUGAAACAGCGGAACGAGCAGUUGGACGGCGUUUUGGAGCAGAUCUCGAUCGAUGAUAACAAAAAUAAUAAUGCAAAAUCGACGAAGAAAACCGAAGAAACCGCUUUUGAGAAAUUCUCAACCAGCGCCACCACGCCGGAUCCUGUAUAUUCCGUUCCGGAAUCUACUCCGGAAAUUUCGGCUGAAACCGAGAAUCCGCUUCCUGGAAAAGUCGACCCGUGUCUACAACCCUUCGAUGAAGUGCUACGCCUCGAGUGCAUCGAAGCCACGUGGAUCGAGAAAUUCUACUGGGUCCCGGAGCGAAAGGAAUGCGAGGCAUUUUGGUACGACGGGUCUUGCGAUCCGGAGGAUGCGGAGGGGAAGAACAUCUUUGAGACGGAAUCUCAUUGCCUGCAUGAAUGUAACACUACAAAACAAAUGGCAAUCACUACCGCUCCAGUUGCUAUUGAAAUCGAUAAUGCUGAAGAAAUAGCAAAAAGCACCCCCAAGGCGGCGCAGGCGGUGAACAAACAAGAACUACCACAACCGAUUCCCAGUCAAAUUCCUCCAGGAAAACCAACGUUCAAGCUGGAAACGACAGCCCAUCCACAACAGAAAAAUGCCGAAUUCACCGUGCCCGCCGACAUUUGGAAAUGGCAAUGGGGGAAGGAAACCGGUGAUUCCUGGAUCACCCGAAGACCGCAAAAUCCAAAAUUCGACGAACCGAAGCUACAAACUACAGACGCGCCCCAGUUAGCCCCAACGCUUGUCACGUGGCCUCCAAAAAUCCCCGAGCCGCAGCCCCAGCGCAAAAUGGAGAUUCCAGACGUUGAAGUGACCACCGAGAAUGUGAAGGCGGCUGACCCGUGUCUCGAGCAUCUCGACCCGAAAUUGGAAGAAGAUUGUAAUGGCGACAAAUGGGAGAUCAAAUGGUAUUUCAACCCGGCGAAGAAGGCCUGUCGGCGUUUCUGGUGGGGUGGAUGCGAGGGGGAUUCGCUCAACUUUUUCGCGGAUUCGGAGAGUUGUAAAGCCCGGUGUGCGAACCGUUUCGUUGAAGAGGGCGUGAAUGAGCAUUUUCCGAUCUCGGAAGCGGAAGUGAUUCGACCAAAGAUUUUGCCCACCGAGCACAGCCAACAAAACGAAAUCCAUGAUCCUGGCUUCGCUAAUCGGGUGGAAAAAUUCGAGCAGACCACCCAGGGACGUGAGGAGUAUCAUGAGACAACCACCUACCCUGACUUCCAAAUAAAGCACGUCCUUCCCACCGACCCGCCCAUCAUCUUGAAUGCCGAUUUUGAG